AUGGAAGUCGAGGUCAAGCUCCGUCUCCUUGAUUCUGUCUCCCACGAAAAGCUCUGCUCCUUCCUCUCCCCUUUUCACACCAAAACCCUAAUCCAAGAGAACAUUUUUUUCGACGGCUCCAACUCCGAGCUCUCCUCCAAUCUCGCCAUUCUACGCGUCCGCUUCUCCAGAGCCAACGGCCACAAUCCUCAGACUAUCCUCUCCCUCAAGGCCAAACCCGUAAUUUCGGACGGAAUAUCCCGCAUGGAAGAGGUAGAAGAGCCCCUGGACCCCACCCUCGCCCGCGCUUGCAUCGCCGAGCCUUGGCGCCUCUUAUCCGUGGAUUCCUCGGCGAUAAUUCGUCGAGUGAAGGAAGAGUUCGGGCUUGGAGGGAGAGGGAAAGGGCUGGUGUGCUUGGGCGGGUUCAGGAACGUGAGGGCGGUGUACGAAUGGCAAGGGUUGAAGCUCGAGGUGGACGAGACGAACUACGAUUUCGGGACGUGUUACGAGGUGGAAUGCGAGAGCGACGAUCCGGAGAGGGACAAGAGGUUGAUUGAGAAGUUGUUGGAGGAGAAUGGGAUUGGGUUUUCGUAUUCGGAGACUUCCAAGUUCACGGUUUUCCGCUCCGGGAAGUUGCCAUCGUAAGCCAAUUGUAAGCCGUCUUAUCACUUAAAUGUCUAUUUCUAAUCGACCGAAUUUGGCUACGAGAAGCGAGAGAUGAGGCUAAAAGCUUCUUGUAAUUUCUGCGACUCUUGGUACUCUCUUUAUAUUCGUGCAUUUACUUUGCAGGAAGAAACAUCAUCUUCUUUCUGUUGCUUUCACUUAAAACGUAGAUUACCCAACUUUCUGA